AUGGAGGCAAAGGCGGCGGCAGAAACGACAAGGGCGGCGGGAAGCGUGAGCCUCGUGCGGGCAAGUCCCCCUUGGGCGGGAAAGGGGCCUGGUGGUGCGUCACCGCCGAGGCCGCUCGCUCCCGAGGAGCGCGGGAUGUGGCUCUGCAUGGUCGUCCUUGGUCAGAGCCUGUCGCAGUCGCACAGAGACCAGGUCACGCAUGCCCGAGCGAUAGCCCGCUUCGGGCUGGAGGGUGCGCAGGCGGAGGCGCAGCAGACACAUCUACAUAUCGGGAAGCUCUCGCAGCAAAUGCUGCCCAAGAAGCAGAGGCUCACGAAGUUGGAGGAAGUUGCGCAGUCAGCCACCGUGUCCGUGCUGGAGGCCAGGAAGCAGCUGCAGGAGACGGAGGUGCAGCUGCAGAAUGCCAAGCAGCGGGCGGCGAUGCAACUGGGCACGCAGGCGCAGGCCCAGCCCGUGGUCCCAGUCGAGGCGGCGCGGGCGGAGGUGUCGCACCAGCAGAAGAAGCAGCGCAGGGAGGUCUACAAGGGAGUGCAGUGCCGGGUUGGGGGGGCGUUAAUCCUGCUCCGCAAGGGCCAUUCAGGCCAGGGCCGGCAGGUGCAGGACCUGCUGGAGAAAGCCAGGGGGCCGCCCGAGAUUUCGUGGAAGUGCAAGAGCUGGGUCGCCUGGAGGAAGACGCGCUUCUCCCUGGGUGGCCAUCGCGCCGAGCCGCUGCAAUCUGCGAUCCAGGAUCAGGUGGAGGCCCUGGAGGAGGAGUGGAAGCGCAUCUGGAGGUUGAGACAUCGUGGCAUUGCAGUAUGGGAGGGGAGUUAUCAGCGCACCUACAUGCACGGAGGCAAAGUGAAGAGUUGCGAGAUGGAGAUUUGGCAGCAGGCCCCGGUGACGGAGGCCGCUCGCAAGCUUGGCAUUGAGGUCGGAGAGUCAGUGUCUGAGCCCCUCGAGCUGGGCGCCGCGAUCGCUGCGGGGCGAUAUUUUGCCGCGGCCUUGCUCAACGUGGCCCUCCUGAAGCUUGAUCCGAUGUUUCUUGUCAACUCGCUGCCCUUGCAGAUGUGGGCUAGAGCUGUUGUUUCACAUUAUUAUUCUUUGGUGACAGACAUCCAGAUGAAGCUCGCCUUCGACUGCGCCGUCGAGGUCAGGCCUCGCGGGUGUAGGGCUGCCAGAGGCCCUGCAGGGCCAGUUGUGAUCACGAUGCGGAGACUCGAGUGGGACAUCGUUGCCUGGGAUGCGCGGGUCAACGCGGACGGCGCGUCCAUGUACAUCGCCCUGGCGGGCCCGGAAAUCACGCGGACUGGAGCCCUGGUAGACUCCGCGAGGGCCCAGUUCCAGUUCCCCAAGAGCCUUCAAGGUGCGGGCGCAACUUCGGUCUCUGUCAGUUCGGUGCCGUCGCGCGCGUCGCAGGCAGCGGCGGGGAGAUGCCGCUACGAGCCGCGUUGGUUUCGAGGCGGCCAGGAGGCGGACUCCUGGGCCAAGAAGGGUACCAAGGUCCCCGUGGGCACCAGAGGCAUGCACAUGUGCAGUUGUCGCAGCGCCUUCGAGGCCGAAGCGGUGGCUCUCGACGAAGGCUUAGAUGCGUUCCUGGCC